AAAUUUGUUAAAAUAUUAUUUAUGUGUACAUGAGGGUAUUUGAUAAUUAAUCAGUUGUGGUCUGAAUGCGCCUCGUCAGGUUUGAUUUAAAUAGUUUAAACUGUCUUUAAAUGUUAGUCAUUACAUUGAAUCUGCUACAUACACGGAGGUGUCAUCUCAAUACAAUUAUCGGACUAUCAGUAUUAAAAUUACCUAAGAAAAACGAGACACACAUGAACAGCGUUAGAAUUAAAUGUGGAGUCCAGACAGUAGAGCCGAUACAUGGAAACGGUGGCGACGCCAAUUCACGUUUUUUAUGAUUAAGGCAUUGAGAGUUCAGACCGAAUCAGCCAGGUGUCAAAGUAGAAGACAUUUUUGAUAUAUUUUGCCAAAGUUGUGGUGCUAGUGAAGAAAUCACUAUAAUUACAAGAUAAAAGUUUUUAGUGACAAGUAAGAGGAAUGUGAAUGUAUUCCUCAACGAUACGGAUCGCGUUUACUCGUAAGAGGAUUUUUUAAAAGAUCAUAUAGUAAUAUGAUCUUUUAUAUAUGUGCCUUACAAAAUCCAAAUACCGUGUCAUGCGGAAGCUAUGUAAUAAGGCUAGCGGUACAAGUUCUGAACUCUGCGAAGUAACAAGUGGCAAGGCAAGCGGUUCGCGGCCUGCAGUGCGUGGUGGGACGCUGCGCUGCGGUUCAUGCAGUGCGUUUCAAUAACAGAAUACACUUCGUGGCCUGCUGUGUGUAGCAAAUGGAGUGAGCGCGCUAGUGAGAUCUGGGUUGAGCAACUAUACGUUUCCAGACAAUUUUAUGUUUGGAGUUGCAACGGCUGCAUUUCAAAUAGAAGGUGGUUGGAAUGCUGGGGGCAAAGGUGAAAGUGUGUGGGACACUUACAUACACAAGCACCCAGAUUAUACGUUGGACAAGUCAAAUGGCGAUGUAGCUGCUGAUUCCUACCACAAAUAUAAACAAGACAUAAUUAUGGUUGAAUCCCUUGGAGUAAAGUAUUACCGUCUGUCUAUAUCAUGGCCAAGAAUUCUACCAAAGGGAACAGAUGAUUAUAUAAACGAGGAAGGUGUUAAAUACUACAGACGGAUAUUUGAAGGUCUAUUGAAAGCAAACAUAACACCUGUUGUAACCCUUUACCAUUGGGACCUCCCAACCCCUCUCAUGGAUCUUGGCGGCUGGGCUAAUCCCAAAAUUAUUGAUUACUUUGAGGACUACGCGAGGGUUGCAUUCAGGUUGUUCGGUGAUGUCGUCAAAUAUUGGACCACGAUUAAUGAGAUACAUAUCCACUGUUAUCAUGGUUACGGGAACGACUACUUCGUGCCCGCUGUAAAGUUUGAAGGUGUCGCCGAAUAUUUAUGCUCCCACUAUAUGUUGCUGGGACACGCGAGGGUGUAUCAUCUAUAUGAUAAAAAAUUCAAACCCUACCAAAAAGGUAUAAUUGGAAUUACACUGGAUUCUUUCUUCGCCGAACCCAAAGACGAAAAGAAUUCCGACGAUGUUGCCGCCGCAGAAAGAUAUCUUCAAAUGAGGUUGGGUCAGUACGCCCAUCCGAUCUAUUCAAAGGAAGGGAAUUACCCAGACCUUGUCCGUGAACGGAUUAACAACUUGAGUAUCAGUCAGGGUUUUUCAAGGUCACGACUGCCGGUCUUCACACCGCAAGAGGUAGAAAUGUUACGAGGCAGCUCCGAUUUCUUCGGAUUAAAUCACUAUACAUCAAUAUUAGCAUCCUCGAGUUUAAUGGAAGACGGGUGGGCUGUACCAUCAUUAGACCAUGAUACAGGAGUUAAAGGGGAACAGGACCCAAAGUGGCCGAUACCUGGAGCACCAUGGCUUGCAGUCCACCCCCCCGGCUUUCGCAAAUUGCUUAACUGGAUAACCAAACAAUACGGUACCAAAGUGCCCAUUAUUGUCACUGAGAAUGGCAUGUCGGAUUCUGGAUCUCUCAACGAUUAUGAAAGAGUAUCAUACUAUAACCGAUAUUUAGAACAGCUUCUUUUAGCAAUACAUGAAGAUGGCUGUAACGUUGCUGGGUACAUAGCGUGGACAUUAAUGGACGAUUUUGAAUGGAAGGAUGGUUAUUCAGUGAAAUUUGGCCUAUUUCACGUGGAUUACAAUAGCCCUAAAAGAACACGAAUGCCAAAACUUUCCGCUAUAAACUACAGAGAAAUAGUAACAACGAAGAGGAUAAACUUCGAUUAUAUUAAGAUACCGUCAUAUAAAUAUAAUCAGUUAUUAUAACAAAAAUAAUUAAGAAAUUGUUACAAGAACUGAUAUUGUUGCUUAUUUAUAAGUAUUAUAUUGUGA